AGUAGCACCAGCUCUGCAUGUGUGUGCUUACGCGUGUACGUGUGUGUGUGAGAAACGAAAAUAAAACGGGAUCUAUUGGCAGCAACGUUGCCACCCCGCUAAGCUAAAGUUCUUCCAGCCAGCGAUGUAAAUGGGGAGUGCGACAACGACGUUACGAAAAUUGCAACGUACCCCACGGCACAAAAACAAUAACUAAAUCUUCCCCCACCACCAGCAGCAGCAACGCCACCACCAACAAUAGCAACUGUUACAAAUAUAGCAGCAGCGACGACAACAACAACAAAAGAGACCCCCGCCAACCCCCUCGGUCGUGCAGUAGCCUUGUAACGAAGUAUUUUUACGAUUUUGCUUUACUCGCCCUUCAAUCGUCGUCGUCAGGCAAGGCAACGGGCAAACGGGCAACCAAGCGAGAAACGCACAAACACAAACGCACACACACGCAGAGGCAAGGCUGCCUGUCACACCUCCUUCCCCGCCUCUGCCACUGCCACCUUCGAACAGAGUUGCAAUGGACUCGGACAUUGAAAUGGAAUUGGAAUCGGACAACGAUGGGGAAUUUGACGACGAUUAUGAUUACUAUAAUACAGGCGAAGACUGCGAUGUCGAGAGGCUCGAUCCAAAGCGUGCCGAUCCCGAAUAUUUUGAAUACGACUGCCUAACCGUCGAGGACAUUGAAAAGCUGCUCAAUGAGCUAGUGGAGAAAUUAAAUACAAUACUGCAAAUAACUCCGUCAUUGGCCAAAGUUCUACUGCUCGAACAUCAAUGGAACAAUGCGGCUGUGGUGGAGAAAUAUCGUCAGGAUGCGAAUGCAUUGCUUGUGACGGCGAGAAUUAAGCCGCCCACAACAGCAGCGGAGGCGGCAUCAACCAGUGCUGCUGCGGCUGCCCAAUUGCUGCGAUUGAGCAGCAGCAGCGGCUAUAGGACAUCAACAACAUUGACUUCAUCUCUAACAACAGCUGCCAGCGGCAAUCUACAGCAACAGCCUCAGCGACGAAUGUGUCCUGUGUGCGCGAGUACGCAACCGAAUGAUAAGUUCUAUAGCUUAGCGUGUGGGCACUCGUUUUGCAAGGAUUGCUGGACCAUUUACUUUGAGACGCAAAUCUUUCAGGGCAUCUCCAUACAGAUUGGGUGCAUGGCUCAACAGUGUAAUGUUCGUGUGCCCGAAGACUUGGUAUUGACUCUGGUCACACGUCCGGUUAUGCGGGAUAAAUACCAGCAGUUUGCUUUUAAGGACUAUGUGAAAUCGCAUCCGCAGUUGCGCUUCUGUCCUGGCCCCAAUUGCCAAAUCAUUGUGCAAUCGACAGAGAUCUGUGCAAAACGUGCCAUCUGCAAGGUGUGCCAUACGGGCUUCUGUUUCAAGUGUGGCAUGGACUAUCAUGCGCCCACAGACUGUCAGAUCAUUAGGAAAUGGCUGACGAAGUGCGCUGAUGAUAGCGAAACCGCCAACUACAUUAGCGCCCAUACCAAAGACUGUCCCAAAUGUCACAUCUGCAUCGAGAAGAAUGGCGGCUGCAAUCACAUGCAAUGUUUCAAUUGCAAGCACGAUUUCUGCUGGAUGUGCCUGGGGGAUUGGAAGACGCAUGGGUCUGAGUAUUACGAGUGCUCGCGCUACAAGGAUAAUCCUAAUAUAGCUAACGAAUCGGUGCAUGUACAGGCGCGCGAGGCUCUCAAAAAGUAUUUACAUUAUUACGAACGCUGGGAGAAUCAUUCCAAAUCCCUCAAGCUGGAACAGCAGACCAUCGAUCGAUUGCGUCAACGGAUCAACACGAAAGUGAUGAAUGGCAGCGGCACCUGGAUCGAUUGGCAAUAUCUGUUCAAUGCAGCCGCGCUGCUAGCCAAAUGUCGAUAUACCCUGCAAUAUACCUAUCCAUAUGCUUACUAUAUGGAACCUGGCUCCCGCAAGAAUCUGUUCGAAUACCAACAGGCGCAAUUGGAGGCUGAAAUUGAGAAUCUGUCGUGGAAAAUCGAGCGAGCGGAGACAACGGAUCGUGCAGUACUGGAGAAUCAAAUGGAUAUUGCGGAAAAGCGGCGCACCACACUACUCAAAGACUUUUUUCCCCUCAUUGGAAAAACAUAGGCUUUCCCUCAUUUGCGCUUUCCCAGUCCCAUCCCCAUCUCCAUCCCCCAUCCUUUCGCCUUACCCAUCCGCAUUAGCA